AUGUUUACAAAGACGUAGCAGUCCUCAACGAAAAACAAUGGCUAGCUUCACAAACCUCUUCACCUCUUAUCCAGAGCUCUCCUCAACGAUAAUUUCAUGCUUCUUCUUUCUUCUCUUCUACUACAAAACUACCAAAAAAUCCAAACUUCCAACCAACUGGCCGAUCAUCGGAAUGCUCCCAAGCGUCGGUUUAAACGCGAACCGACUCCAUGAAUGGGGAAACGAGGUCCUAAAAGAGUCCGGUUGCACCUUCAAAUUCAAAGGGCCAUGGUUAUUAAACAUGGACUAUGUCGUCACUUGUGACCCUGCCAAUAUCAACCACGUCUUCAACGUCAACUUCUCCAAUUACCCGAAGGGCGAUGAGUUCGUCGAGAUCUUCGAUAUUCUCGGUGAUGGCAUCUUCAGCGCCGAUGACGAGUCCUGGAAGAGUCAGCGGAAGAGGGCUCAUUAUGCAAUGAGCAGUUCAAAUUUUCAGAGGUUUGUUACAAAAUGUAGCGAAGACAAGGUGGAAAAUGCACUUUUGCCUCUUAUGUGUAAAAUUGCUAAGGGAGGAUGCGUUGUUGAUUUGCAAGAUGUGUUUCUUAGGCUAACUUUUGAUUUGACUUGUAAUCUGGUGUUUGGCGUCGAUCCCGGUGCUUUGUCGGAGGGAUUUCCGACCGUUCCGUUUGCGAGGGCGAUGGACGAUGCCAUGGAGGCCUUGUUUUUUAGGCAUAUUGUGCCUUCGUUUUGGUGGAAGCUAAUGAGAUGGCUAAAUAUCGGCAAGGAGAGGAAGUUGUGUGAUGCUUGGGGCGUCAUUGAUGAUUUCGUCGCUCAAAACAUCGUGAAGAAAAAAGAGGUGAUAAUCUAUGGAUGUGACAUGUUGACAUGUUAUAUGGAAGAAGAAGAUCCAAAAGCAACAGACAACAAGUUCCUUAGGGACACGACCGUGAAUCUCAUGCUUGCAGGGAGAGACACGACUGGUGUGGCGUUGACGUGGUUCUUUUGGCUCUUGACCAAGAAUCCAAGAGUAAAAUCAAAGAUUCUUGAUGAAUUGGGGGAGCUUUUGGACGAAAAGACAUACGACACAUCAAAAUUGGUCUACUUGCACGCAGCAUUAUGCGAGAGCUUGAGGCUUUGCCCUCCGGUUCCAUUCGAACGCAAAUGCGCGGUCAAGUCAGAGGAUCUACCGAGUGGAAAGAUCAAAUCGAAGGAGAAGAUUUUGUUUUUGACAUAUGCGAUAGCGAGGAUGGAGAGGAUUUGGGGAGAAGAUUGCUUGGAGUUUAAGCCUGAGAGAUGGAUAUCGGAGAGAGGGAAGCUGAGGUACGAGCCAGCGUACAAGUUUCUGUCGUUCAAUUGCGGUCCGAGGACUUGUUUGGGAAAACACAUAGCACUUACUCAGAUGAAGAUUGUGGCGAUAAGCAAGUUCGACGUUGAGGUGGUUGAAGGCCAUGUUGUUGAGCCCAAGCGUUCAAUAAUACUUCACAUGAAGAAUGGGCUCAUGGUGAGGGUCAAGGAGAGGAGGGAGUUUAUGUGAGAAUGGUUUAAGUAAUGGUAAUUGUGUUUGCACUAUUUUGAUGUUACAUUGUGGAUGCAUGUAAUUUCUUUAGAUUUGGAAAUCUAGUAUCAUAAAAGUCAAAAUGUGGGGUUUGACAUCAUGUUGUAAUUCCGCUAAACUACUAGUAAGAAUGUACAUCCUAGACUGGAGUGUAAAGUGUCAUAGUGUUGAUUAAAUGAAAAAAAAUAUGGAUU